AUGAAAGUGGAAUAUUUACCUAGGUUUUCAUGGCUCCCAUGGUUUUGGAAUAAGCCUACUUUGAGGAUGCCAAAACUUAUUGUUGAUGAUAGAACUGAACUGUUUUUAAGGAACCUCAUUAUAUACGAGCAGUCUUCUCUAGUUCCUAAGUACGUUACAACUUAUGCUUGGGCCAUCGGUAUGCUUAUAGAGACUCCAGAGGAUGUUGCGAAGUUGGCAAAAUCAGAGGUCCUAGUUACAGUAAGCUCGGACCAGAACGCUAGAAAUUUAAUAAAUAACAUAUGCAAAGAAGUUUUGUAUGGGGAUUUCUUUUAUCAUCAAAAAUGGCAAGAAUUGGAUGACUAUUACAAUAGUUACUGGCCGAAUGCUGCUGCAGGGUUGAAGCGAACAUAUUUCAGUAGUCCAUGGAAUAUGAUUGACGCUCUAUUUGCUGGAAUCGUUUUGUUUGUUCUUACCGUGGUUCAGACUAUCUUUGCUGUAAUGGCCGAAAAUCCGUAA